AUGGCGAGCUUUGCCAAGGCGAUGGGCGUCACCGGGGUCGAAGGCACCUUCCGCCAAUGCUGCGAAGUGACCAUGGAGGUCUUCGUGGCGGACCCUCUGCUGGAGAUGUAUCGCAAGCCGGUCCAAACAGCACGCGACACCAUCGGUGAUGUGGAGAAGAACGGCAUGCUGAACGUCGGUGCAAUCGUCCCUGCGCGCAGCCGGGAGAAAGUAAAUAAAGCAUUCUAUGGGACCGCGAAGAUCGUUCUUGUGACGAUCCGUCGGGACCGCGGGGCUGGCCUCUCGGUGGAGGGCCAGGUGGACGAGCUGAUCAAGGUGGAGAACGGGGAUAUGAACUGGAUCAUCCCAGACAAGUUCCUGGCCUUUGCCGGGCCAAGCCCUACCUCAACCGAUGCAGACGGGUCUGGAUGUGAGGCAAAUCUAGUUUUGGAGGAUCACAAGUUGCACAAGUGCUUGCGUCUUGUGGAAGCCUUGAAUGAAAGCCUCGCCGGCCUUCAGCGGAUGGCCCAAGAGGUUAUGAGCGCCCAACCUCUGACUGCAACUCCGGUCUUGGAGGGAGAGGAAACAGGGCCAAGAUAUGGUGCGCUACAACAGGAAGUACGCCGGGCAGAUGUUCCUGGACAGGCCAAUGAGCAGGCCCGUGGAGACCACCCCUUGAUGAAUGGAGUUGACCCUCCGAGGAUGGAGGCCGUUCAUGAGAGUCCGCAGUUUGAAGCGGCUCCACGGAUGGCGGACCAGGCUUUGGACGGCGACAGGCUUCGUCGAGAGAUGGAGACCAGCGGUCUUGCUCAGCCAAGUGGGGAAAGGACCACGGAGCCCGGCAGGCCAGUUCUGGGAACGGAUGUAAGACCUGGUGAUGAGAGCGACUUUGCUUCGAUCACAGCGAGCCCUUCGUCGCCGAGAAGGACGAGAGCGUAUGCAGGAUCCACGAUGGAUCAGCCGCAUCAGGCCGAACGUACCGUGGCGAUGGAGUAUUCAUAUGAGGCUGCAGAAGGAAUGCCUGGUGUUCGCUGGGUUGCAAGGCUGACCGAAAGGAUCGGAGAUUUGAACUUCUCUCCUCCUGAAGACUUACCUCCUCUUCCGCCCCAAGGCCAAGGAGCGCUUAGGUCUUUGGAACAAGGACCGGAGCCCUUGUUCACGCCUGAACAGGGUGAGAGACUGAGGAGGGGACCGAGGAACGCGUCUUUGUUGUUUCCUACCGGGGGGAGUUCAACUUCCUCGGAUGAGAUCCAAGCUGAGGUUCAACGACAGCUGGCUCGCUAUGUUCAGAGGUAUGAGGGAGAAGCUCGGGACCUCAGAGGGCAAGUUCAGCAACUACAGCAUGAAAGAAACCGGUUACUCGCUGAUCGGGCUGCAAUGCAGCAGAAUCUACCAGGAGGCGAUCGGGCUACAAUGCAACAGAAUCUACCUGGAGGUGAUCGGGCUGCAAUGCAACGGAAUCUACCUGGAGGCGAUCGGGCUGCAAUGCAACAGGAUCUACCAGGAGGCGAUCGGGCUACAAUGCAGCAGAAUCUACCAGGAGGCGAUCGGGCUACAAUGCAGCAAGGCCUACCAGGAGGCGAUCGUGCUACAAUGCAGCAGAAUCUACCAGGAGGUGAUCGGGCUACAAUGCAGCAGAAUCUACCAGGAGGUGAUCGGGCUACAAUGCAGCAGAAUCUACCAGGAGGUGAUCGGGCUACAAUGCAGCAGAAUCUACCAGGAGGCGAUCGGGCUACAAUGCAGCAGAAUCUACCAGGAGGUGAUCGGGCUACAAUGCAGCAGAGCCUACCAGGAGGUGAUCGUCCAACAAUGCAGCAGAAUCUACCUGGUGGUGAUCAAGCGUAUGACCAGAGCCGUCAACAGGAGCAUGUGCCAGGAGUCGCUAGCUCAAGUCACACUGCCCAGGCUGGUCGGGGUCAUGAAGGGUCGGAAGAGAAAGAUACGACUCACUUGGACCUUCUUGGAGUCAUCGCGCAGGGAAUGAAGCAGCUACAGGAAGCGCAGGUUCGUGCUUUGGACCGAAAGUCAGAGGGAACGGACCCGGAGACAGUGAAGCCUGGAGUGGCGGCGCUACCGGAGCUUAAGGCACCGGACCCUGAGACGUCUCCGGUUGAGGUCCAGGAUUGGUUGCAGCUUCUGCAAGCUCCGAUGGCGGACUUGAGCGACAGUUCCUACGACUGGUGGACAAAGGUCCAGGCCCUGGCUCAAAAGGGCUAUGAACAGUGGGCCAAUGCUACGCCUUUGGAGCGCUUGGCAAUGAAGGCUCCAGUGGACAAGAAGCUCGAGGAAGGCAAGUUCGCGAGGUUGAAUUCGAGGGCGGCGUCUAUGUUGCUGGCUUCCCUCGAUGCUUCAGUGCGAGCGGACCUGGUGAUGAGGCGCUCAACUCAGUCGUCAACCCAGAUACUGUAUCGAGUCCUCACCUUGUACCAGCCGGGCGGCGAGACCGAGAAACGGUUGGUUUUGGAUCAGCUGCAGUCCCCGACGGCCCAGACCGAUCCCUUUAAGGCGGCGAAGUCGUUGCGGGAUUGGGAAAGAUGGUUCAGGCGAGCUGGGGACGUGGGCGUCUCGACGCCAGAUCCGUCAGUGCUUUUGAGAGCCCUGUCUGUCAUUAUGCAGGGAGUCUUGGAAGGCAAUCCAGAAGCCGCGUUCCGCACAUCCUUGGUGCGCACAACGCUGAAACUUGAUACGAAGCCGACUCAUGAGUCGGUGAUUGCUUUUCAUAAGCACUUGUUGGCUGAAGCUGAAGCUUUAGCGAGUGGAUCGAAAAGGACCCCGGCGGCGACCUCGACGCCUGAUGCGACAAGGACUCCGGCUUCUGAGAAGGGUCCAAAGGUCAGGGGGAUUCAGGCGCAAGGAGGGGGAGAGCAACCGGCUCCCAAACCGAAGUCGGCACCAGCAACCUCCUCUACUACAACCUCCACCCAACGGCCGUGCAAGUGGUUUGCGAAGACGGAGGCAGGAUGCAAGCGCGGAGGAGAUUGUCAAUUUUCUCACGAGUGGGGAUCGGUCCCGAAGACCGGUCGGUGCUUGAUUUGCUCGUCAACGUCCCACAUGAAGAAGGACUGCCCAACCAAGGAGAAGCCUUCUCCUGGGGGACCGCGGCAACGUGGAGAGCAACAGCAAUCUACCUCAACGGCAACACUCGGGGCACCAUCGGCGAGAACUAUGAAUGCCCCUGCGGAACAGGCGACGUCUUCUACCACAACCCAACCGGCAGCAGAACCGUCCCCGACUUCAUCCUCAACCGGGCGCAGGCAGCCAAAGGAGAGCGAGGGCCCAGAAGCCCUCAAGAAAGUCAUCGAGGAUGCGUCCAACAUGUUGAAGUCGAUGAUGGCUAGCUCAGGUUUGCCAGCUGCCCCCACCUCGUCGUCGGCGCCUACGUACGAGUCAAUACAGAAGCAGCUCGACGAGUUGAAGUUGAGGACCAUGAAGGUGGAUGGAACAAAAGGGGGCCAAGCGUCUGAUGAUUCAGGUGUUCUCCUGGACUCAGGCGCAACCCACGUGCUGAGGCCGGCCCACGACCAGUUCGAGGAGGAGAACACCAAGGCGGUUAGUGUGACCCUAGCCGGAGACGAGCAAAGGAUCCUGAAGCAAGCCCCAUCGGGCAGCAUCCUGCUGGCGGCCGAGAACAAGGACCGGGUGCAACCAAUCGUCCCAUUUGGCGCCCUGAUUGAUGUUCUUGGGUGCACUUUGAAGUGGACGAAGGGAGGGUUCAUCCUGAUCCACCCGCGACACGGACGGAUCAGAACACGACUGCGAGCAGGCUGCCCAGAGAUGACGGAUGCGGGCCAGGCGGCGGAGAUCAUCGCCGAGCUCGAAAUGAAGAAGGUCGAGGAGCUGAAGCAAAGGGCAGAAGGGCUCCAGCAGAGGCUCAACGCUGUGAGGAUGAUGGAGGUGAAGCAGGAAGACUGGAGGCAGAACCUCGCGGCCUACGCUCAGGAGGGGUGCGUCGUGGAUGGACUUCAGGUCUUGUUCAAGUCCCCCAUCUUCAAGGACCUCCCGGAGGCGGUCACGGGCACGAUGGUACCCAAUGUGGAGGAGAUUACGCAAGCGCCUGAUGAGAUCGAAGGCGUGGAUCUUGAAUAUGUACGGAGGAAAGAAGGCAAAUCAACGGGCACCAACACGGAGGUGGUGGUUGUGAAUGUCGACGUCCUUUUGAAUGGUGGUUGGUCCAUGACGGGACCUGCGUACAAGGCCCUUAUGUGGGGAGCGAUGUCCUCCAGGGUGAAGGCAGUCCUGGGAGCCCCGCCGGCAGGGACGUUCAGUGUAAAGAGGCAUGAAGAGCGACCCGGAUACCCAGGACCAGUUCGAUCAGCCAGCGAGCCCUACGGCCUCGUCGACCUCAACCCCACGGAACGCUACUAUGUGGACAAGGAAACCACGCUGGUGGCUCGACAACUUAUGUUGUACUUGGUCGCCCAUGCAAAGUCCGGCGGCCACGAGGUGAAGUUCUGUAUGAGCCACCCGGAGAAUGCUGAGGAGAUUGUCAACGGAAAGGACGCCCCGAGUUUGUGGCGGACGCCUAUGAUGAAGUCGUUCAUUGAAGCCACGGAGCCGUUAGGGAUGAAAAAGGUCUCGUUUGAUCAAGGGGCUUUCGGCUACCUGAGCAAGUCUCCGGUCACUAUCGUGAGCAACCUGGACUUUGAGUUCUUCGACGAGAUGAGGGAGGCCGAGAAUGUGAAGGAACGCAAGCAAGACGAAAGGAGACCGUGGGCGACGGCAGUCCGGAGGAACGUGGCCGAGAAGCUCAUGGACUCCGGAGUCGCGUCGACAAGGGCAUGGGCCCAUCGUGACCCGGGACCAGAUAUACGGAAGAUGACGGCAGAGCAAGGUUGGAGACUUCAUGUGCAGCGAGAUCAUGUACCUUUCAGAAAGGACUGCGAGCAGUGCGUGAUGUCGCUGGGCACUGGACGGCCCCACAGAAGGACCAAGCAAAAGAGCGCUUACGUUUUGAGCGUUGAUGUGGGAGGUCCAUUGAGGGCGGUGUCGAGGGAUGCGCAUGGCUACGGGUACCGCUACUUCUUGGCGGCAGCCUAUACCAAACCGAGGUUUGAAGAUCAAGAUGAUCCGCCGGACCCCUUGCCUGAAGACCUUGCUGCCGAGGACUACGACUUCCGGAACCUGGACUUGGAGGCGCCAGAACUCGAUGAGGAACCCUUGGAUCCAGAAGACCAAGAAGGAGAUCCUUCGGUAAGAAAGGUCAGGGGUGAUGAGUUGUGGGACGACGAUGAAGAGGCUGACCGACAACAGCGAGCCGAUCAAGAACAGGAUGAGCUCUUGGAGGGCAACCGCGAGAUUCCCAUGGACCACCUCUACUUUGUCAAACCCUUAAAAGGGAAAAAGGCCAAGCAGGUCAUGCAGGCGAUCCAAGAAAUCAUCCUGGAGCUCAAGCAUAUGAACCUCCCGGUCGUUCGGAUCCACAGCGACCGAGCUCAUGAACUGCGAUCGCCCGCUCUGAGGGAGUGGACUCUUGGCCAACAGAUUAUGUUGACGAGGACUGAGGGUCAAUCUCCCCAGUCGAAUGGCACUGCGGAAAGAGCGGUGCGUUACUUGAAGGGACAGGCUCGCCUACUGCUGAGGACCUCGGGUUUGCCUACCUCGCACUGGGCGACAGCUAUGGUCACCGCCGCCCACAACCAGCGCGAGAAGAGACUGAAUCCCGAGACCUUUAGCCCGGUGUGCCCUUAUGGAACGAGGGUGGCGAUCAAGAAGAAGCGCUACAGCGACGGUGGAAAACAUGACUUGAUGCCGCACUGGGUGAAGGGAACCUACUUGGGUCCGGUGUGGGAUGUGAGGAAUGGUUCCGCAGUCCUUGAAGAUGAGAAUGGCAGGAUCAUGGUUACUACCAAUGUAAGACCUCGUCUACAUGAUCCGGGCACUGCAGCGGAGGCGGAAGUACGGGAGUUUGAGCCCCCACCGCGGCGGCGCCUAAGAGGGAAGUCGGCGGUGGAUGCAGAUGGGGUGGCGGUGAGGAGCCUUGCUGGAACCCAAAGAGCCUCCCAUCGAAGGCGCCUCGUCAAGGAGAUCCUGGAGCAGAUAGCCAAGGACCCAGUCCAUUCGGUGAAGAGACCGCAGUUAGUGGCUGAAACCGUCCCCGAUCCCAGCAGCAGCUAUGUGACGAUGGGUGCGUUCAAUCAUGGAGGCCAGUAUGGAGUGACCAAAUACACGAGUGAGGCCCCGGAGCUUACGAAAAAGGUGACGGAGCUCCUCCAGUUGGACUUCCCGGACGAGUGCUUCACGUCUGCAACGCUAGUGAAGAAUACAUGUAUGCCAACCCACAGGGACGUCUUCAAUGAUAAGGAUUCCCGGAACCUGGUAUCCCCGUUGCAGGUGACCGAGGGCGCUGGAGUUUGGGAAGAACUGAAACCUGGUGAUGUUUUUACGGGACGCUACAUGGAGAUGCUCGUCAAUGACAAGACCACCCCAGGCCAAGUUCAUUCCCUGACGAGCCCCGCGAAGGUGAAUCCGAAGCGGUGGCAUUGCGCAGUCCAAGGGACUGAAGGAGCACGGCUGCUAGUGGUUGGACAUACAAUAGGCUCCUGGCGCAAACUCUCCAAUGAGAUGGUGGAGACCUUGGAGGAGGCAGGCUUUGCGUUGCCUGAGGAGGGGAACGAUCAUGCCUGCGUAAAGGCCAUCCAGGAACUGAAUGCCCAGACCCUUCACUAUCAGUUCGAGGUCGACGAGGACGAUGUGAUCGAGGAUUUUGACCUCGUUGAUGGGGUGGUGGAGGUGGAGAACGAUGUGCUGAGGGUGGCAAAGGCAGCAGCUGAGAACCUGUAUACGCCGGAUGUUGAAGGGAUCUUGUCUAGCUGCGAAGCUGAGCAAACUGAGCUACGGGUGGUCCACACGGUCCACCCAUCGGAGGUGGAAAGGAACUUAGAGAAGUGGGUUCCUUCUAUGAUGGAUGAGAUCAAGGCCAUGGAGACCAUGAAGGCAAUCAAAAGAGUGAGAGGCCAGGAAGCGAAGGACUUCUUGAACCUCCCGGGUGCGGUCGUGGUUCCUGGAAAGGGAGUCUACACGGCGAAACCUCCAUCGAAGCCGGAUAUGAUGUUUCGGCGGAAAACGAGGAUAGUCAGCUGUGGAAAUUUCCAAAAGAAGUCGGAUGAUGAGGUGAACUACAGUGGAGGUGCAGCAGCAGAGGGCGUUCGGCUGAUGGUUGCGGAAGGAUCCAGGAGACGCUGGUGCAUCAUCAACGGUGACGUGACCAGCGCUUUUCUCAGGGCACCGGUCCCGGAUGGCAUCCACCUUGCGAUCAAACCUCCAGCUGUAUUGGUGAGGGCAGGAUUGUGUCAACCAGAUGAGUUGUGGAUCGCCCUGGCGGCGGUCUAUGGAUUUAGGUCGAGCCCUCGUUGGUGGGGAAACUACCGUACGGACAUGAUGAAGAAAGCCGUCACUGCCAACAACUUGAGGUUUGAGCAGGGCACCGCCGACCCCAACAUAUGGAGGGUAGUGGACUCAAGUGGUGAGCUGCAGGGGCUCAUCGCAGUCUACGUCGACGACUACUUGGUGACCGGCCCGAAGGAAGUGUGUGAGGACGUUCACAUGUGGUUCUCCACUACGUGGCAAACGACGGAGAUUCAGUUUGCCACCAAGGAGAACGCAAUCCGCUUCCUCGGGAUGGAGAUCCGAUCCGUCGAAAAUGACAAUGGGGAUUUUAUGGGCUUCUCGUUGGACCAAGAAGGCUAUGUUCAAGAACUGCUGAGGCAGUACGACAUUGGCGAGAAACAGAUGUCAACAAUCCCCUCGGUGAAGGAGUGGAUGAGCCUGGAUCCCGCGACCUACCCGGAGACGUUCGAUGGGAAGGACCUCAAGGCUGCUCAGUCGAUAACAGGUGAGCUAGCUUGGCUAGCUCAGAGGUGCAGGCCAGACCUAGCCUACACUGUUAGUGUGAUGGGAUCGAUGAUGAGCAAGGACCCUGCCCGAGCGAACCAGAUCGGAAGGAAGGUUCUCGCCUACUUGAACUACACGAAGGAGUGGAAGCUUCUUUAUAGUGCCGAUGGCCCACGCGAGAUCGUGACCUAUACCGACAGCAGCUACGCCCCGGAUGGAGAUCGAAGCCAUGGGGGGGCAGUGGUUUUUUGGUCCGGAUCUCCAGUGGCUUGGAGAAGUGGGCGACAGGGGCUCAUUGCAACGAGCUCGGCAGAAACAGAGCUUCUGGCGGCGAGCGAGGGGUCUACUUUGACGGCCUCCGUCGACGCUCUCCUCAACGACAUGGGUGCCCACGUCGAUGGAAGGGAACUUCGGGUCGACAAUUCCGCCGCCAUUGUUUUGGCUUCCGAAGAAGGGGGGAGCUGGAGGACACGCCACUUGAAGGUCCGAGCAGGAGCCUUGCGACAGCUGGUCCAACAAGGAUGGAUAGCGAUUUCGUACUGCCCCGGGGACCGGCAACUGGCGGAUGGACUGACAAAGAUCCUGGCAGCCAAGCGCAUGGGGUGGAUUAUGGAGUCCUGGGGCUUGCGGCGACACCGUGAAGGAGACCCACCUCCGGAGCAACCUCAAGACAAUCACCAUGGAGGGGAAGACCUUGAAGCCCACUCGCCCCUGGCAGUGGACUCGUCUCUGGAGCUGUAUGGAGUUAUCCUCAUGCUGGUUAUCUGUGUGAUAGCUCUAUGGGAGGGAAGCCGCCACUGCUACCGCAAGGCAGAAGCAGCAAGGAUGAGGUCCUUGCAAGCGGAGCAAAAGCUUUCCAAGAAGGAGAUGAGGCGACUGAACCAGAUGACCCUCACGAGUCUGGCGGAGAAGGCGGGCGUGGAUCUUACAAAGAUACUGACCAGAGAGUCAGUGCGUGGAGCUCCCGCCCCCGCAGUCCGAUUUGAGGAGGAUCCGCCGAGGCCCCCUUCACCACCUGUGGCAGCUUGCGCUGCAGAUGAGGAGUUCCUUCGCAGGAGAAGACGACAGCGAGCAGAGAUCCCCGUGCGCAGGGAACCGUCGAUACCUACUGCCAGCGAAGAUCGCUAUGACGUUCCGGAACCUACCAGGGUCGCAGAAGAGAUCCUGAGAGGCCGCCAAGGGCGGACUCGCGACGCAGAGGUGCAAGUGGAGUUGCUGAAGGAGAUGCCUCGCGUGGUGUACACGACGCCUUCUGGUACGUGUAUACACGCGACAAGAGACUGCAGCACUCUCAACAGAUCGACGAAGUACAUUCAGAAAGAUGUGUGCGCGAAGUGCAUCCCUGGACAAAGAGAGGUCACUGAAAGGCCUCGCUAA